AUGACUACAAGUUUUACUUCUGAAUUCUUUCCUCAAUGUCUUGUAUUUGGUGCCCAAAGAAAAUUCAGAACAAAAUCUCACCACAACUCUGUUGUGAGAUGCAGACACCAUAAUAAUCCCAUUGAGAACAGGUACAGAAGCCCACAAAUGGUGAAAGUCUCAACUGAAACUAGGCCAAAUCAUUUGCAGGAUUAUUAUGAUUUUAAAAAAGCCCAUUUUUUGAAACUGCUUAAUAGAUCCAGCAAAGCAGGAAAUUAUGAUGAAGCCCUUUAUUUUCUUGAGUGCAUGGUGAAUAUGCGUUAUAAACCAGAUGUAAUUCUUUGUACAAAGCUGAUGAAAGGUUUCUUUAGUUCGAAAAGUGUGGACAAAGCGGUUAAGGUCAUGCAAAUUCUUGAGCGGUAUGGUGAACCUGAUGUGUAUGCAUAUAAUGCUUUAAUCAGUGGUUUAUGUAAAGUGAAUCGAAUUGAAUCAGCAAAUAAGGUGUUGAGUAGCAUGAGAGCACGGGGAUUUGCGCCAGAUGUGGUUACUUAUAAUAUCAUGAUAGGAAGUCUUUGCAAUAGGAGGAAGCUUAGUUUAGCAUUGAAGAUGUUUGAUCAUUUACUGGAAGACAAUUGUCAGCCUACUGUGGUUACAUACACGAUUUUGAUAGAGGCGACAAUUCUUGAUGGCGGAAUUGGUGAAGCAAUGAAGCUGUUUGAUGAAAUGUUGUCUAGAGGGCUACAGCCUGAUAUGUAUACCUAUAACGCGAUAAUUAGGGGAAUGUGCAGAGAAGGGUUGAUGGAUCAAGCCUUUGAGUUUGUAAGGAGCUUGCCGACUAGAGGUUGCAAGCCAGACGUGAUAUCGUACAAUAUUUUGUUGAGGGCGUUACUAAAUCGGGGACACUGGAAUGAAGGGGAGAAGAUGAUGACUGAAAUGUUUUCAAGAGAUUGCAAGCAUAAUGUGGUUACUUACAGCAUUCUGAUGAGUGCUUUAUGUCGAGAUAGACAAUUAGAUGAGGCAAUUAACCUGUUGAAGAUUAUGAUGGAUGAGGGAUUCUCUCCUGAUACUUACACUUUUGAUCCGUUGAUUUCUGCAUUAUGCAAAGAGGGAAGAUUAGAUCUGGCAAUUGCUUUACUCGAUUAUAUGAUUAGCAGUGGUUGUCUUCCAGAUAUAGUAAACUACAACACCAUCCUAUCUGCGUUAUGUAAGAAUGGAAAAGCUGAUGGGGCUUUGGAAGUCUUUCAGAAACUCUCUGAAAUGGGGUGCCCUCCGGAUGUAAGUACAUAUAACACAAUGAUAAGUGCAUUGUGGGGCAACGGGGAUAGGACUCGGGCCUUGGGACUAGUUUCAGAGAUGAUAGAUAUGAGGAUUGACCCUGAUGAAAUCACUUUUAAUUCACUUAUAUCAUGUUUGUGCAGAGAUGGGAUGGUGGAUGAGGCUAUUGAAUUGUUAAGGGACAUGGAGAAUAGUGAUUUUUUUCCUACAGUAGUAACUUACAACAUUGUGCUUCUGGGAUUAUGCAAAGCUCAUAGAAUUGACGACGGCAUUGGAAUGCUGGCAAAAAUGGUCAAAAGGGGCUGCCGGCCAAAUGAAACUUCAUAUGUUCUACUACUCGAAGGUAUUGGUUUUGCGGGAUGGAAAGUAGAGGCCAUGGAGCUCGCAAAUUCUCUGUGCAAGAAAAAUAUUAUUUCUCAACACUCCUUCAAGCGUUUGAGCAGAACCUUUCCCGUGCUAGAAGUUUAUAAUGGUUUUAGUAACUCAGAAACUAAGAACUAA